UAAAGAUGUUGGAAUCUGUAAUCCAAAGUUACAUAAGCCUCUGACCUCUUUUUCAUCUCCCUGUGUGUUAGACACACAACCUCCAAUAAGCCAGCUGAGAAAUGAUAGUGUAAAACAAAAACGAAGUGCGACGACCAUCAGCUGAACUGGUAACAGUACGCGACACGUUUACAACAGAGAAGUUUUCUACGGUGAAACAACAGCGCGCUCCGAGGAUCGACGAAAGUCAUUGCCAUCUUCGUCACGCGCCAGUUGUAUAUGUACCUACGUUGUUGCGUCGCAUGGCAUGCAAAUCAGUAUUGACGGCAGUAUCGUUUCGUCGCUUGUUCAGGCUCGGAGGGUUCAAUAACAAAAGACUGCUCGUCAGUUGUUUGGCUACAGGAAACGGCAAUUGUAACAGGUGGAAAAUGGCUAGUGCAACAGGCAAAGAUUCGUCAAACGAAGCUAAAUCUUGUAAACCUUACAGUAUUAACAUAGGAGGUAUGAGAAUCAGAUACAUGGAGAAAAGCGAAACUUUUACAGAAGAUCAUUUAGUGAGCAAGGAGCCAUUUAGGCAGUUUAAAGAAUGGUUUUCCAUUGCCAGCAAAACACCUGGAAUUGCUGAAUCUAAUGCAAUGUUUUUAGCUACUGCUACAAAGGAUGGGAUGCCAUCUGUCAGACCUGUCUUGCUCAAAAGCUAUGGUACUGAUGGGUUCAAAUUUUACACAAAUUAUGAAAGUCGCAAGGCACGUGAGUUGGAUGAAAAUCCUAAUGCUGCAUUAGCAUUUUUUUGGGAACCUCUAAGACGAACGGUAAGGAUAGAAGGAACUGUUGAAAAAACGUCUGCAGAAGAUUCAGAUGAAUACUUCAACAGCCGGCCGUAUCAUGGCCAAAUUGGAUCAGUGUCAAGUAGACAGAGUACUGUUAUACCUAACAGAGAAUUUCUAAUAGAAAAAGAAAAACGGUUGGAAAAAGAAUAUCCUGAUACAGUUAAAAGACCAGAGUGGUGGGGUGGAUACAUAGUAAUUCCAAAGACUAUAGAAUUCUGGCAAGGGCAAAGUGAUCGCCUUCACGACAGAAUACGAUUUAGACGACCAAAGGUUGAUGAGAAAGUAGAUAACUAUUUGGUUCACCAAGGAGAAGAUGGCUGGGUUUAUGAAAGACUUUCCCCAUAAAUAUAACAUUAUAAAUUUAGUUUUAAAUGCAAAUAUUUUUACAUACUUAC